AUGAAGUUAUUCUACCUCUUCACCUUUGCUCUGGCAUCCCUCGCCCGUGCGGACUUCACUAUGCUCAUCGAUGGAGACAAAUGCGAUCUCGAAACCGUCUUGAAAGCCCUUCCCAAUGUCGUAAGCGCCACCAUUACAGACACCCGCAUGCCCAACGACGAAACGACUCUAACCUUCGCCGACAACAUCUCCGACGAGUACAACUGGCGUCAUCUUCGUGGACCUGACGAAGUUCAAGAUGCCCGCAAUUUGAAUCGAGGUAACCAAUGCCCCGGAGGCAACAUUGCCAGUUGUAUCAACAACGGAGUCAACCAGUGGCUGUGCUGGAUGUUCUGCCCUGGAAGACGUAAUCUCGCCCAUCAGAUAUCUUCUACGGCUAUCCCGCUGUCGGAGAAGAUCAAGGAAGUAAACGAAAUCGAAAAUUUUCUGAAAGCAGAUGACAGCAUCCCUGAUACCUGCGAGCCCCUGAUUUUUGUCCAAUAAACGUCUCGGAACAAAGCUCAACGCAAGCCUUCAGUAGAAAUCAAUAAACUAUUUAUAACUUAAUUGUCAGACGAUA